CACACAGUAGAUUCCCUUCCCGGUUUCAUCUUAUCACAUUUGUACACUCAUCAAAUUUUUUUACAGACGACAUUUUCGAAGUUCAUCAGCUUCGCUCUCUCCGCCCAUCUCUUCCCCCAAAAACCCAACACUUUCACUCACUCACUUCACUUCCCCACAUUGUUACACCCAAUUUCCGUCGAAAACUCACCCGGAAAAAAUCCCAUUUGGCCUUCCAAUGGCUCAAUCUCUCAACUUAUUCAUUUCAACAUCUUCACCCAUAUCAAAACCCUCCAAUUCAUUCCUCACUGGAACCUUCCGGUGGCCCGUGAAAGUGAAAACCUCCGGAAUCCGUAAACCGGGUCAAUUUCCCCAGCUUUUUAUCACUAAAGCAUCGUCUGCCAGCUCUGAUCCGGAGACGGCUUCUGCUGAAGCUACUCCACAGGUGCUUGUUUCGAGUAAUGGGAUUGUUUCGACGCCUCCUGGGCAGGACACGAGUGCAAUUGAUGUGGAUGCUGUGACGGAGGCAGAGUUGAAGGAGAAUGGUUUCCGGAGUACCCGGAGGACUAAGCUGAUUUGCACGAUCGGACCGGCGACUUGUGGGUCGGAGCAGCUGGAGGCGUUGGCUAUUGGUGGAAUGAAUGUGGCGAGGAUUAAUAUGUGUCAUGGGACUAGGGAAUGGCAUAAGAGGGUGAUUGAGAGGGUGAGGAGGUUGAAUGAGGAGAAAGGAUUUGCGGUGGCCAUUAUGAUGGAUACUGAAGGGAGUGAAAUUCACAUGGGAGAUCUUGGUGGGGCUUCGUCUGUGAAAGCCGAGGAUGGGGAAGUAUGGACUUUCAGUGUCAGAGCUUUUGAUUCUUCUCUACCUGACUACACCAUAAAUGUGAACUAUGAAGGCUUUGCUGAAGAUGUAAAAGUCGGGGAUGAACUGCUAGUAGAUGGUGGAAUGGUGAGGUUUGAGGUUAUAGAAAAAAUUGGUCCAGAUGUCAAAUGCAGAUGUACAGAUCCUGGACUUUUACUUCCUCGGGCCAAUCUAACCUUCUGGCGACAUGGAAGCUUAGUACGGGAACGUAAUGCCAUGCUACCGACUAUUUCCUCCAAGGAUUGGUUAGACAUUGAUUUUGGGAUAGCUGAGGGUGUGGAUUUCAUUGCUAUAUCAUUUGUCAAGUCUGCUGAAGUGAUUACUCACCUGAAAAGCUACAUAAAAGCACGAGCUCGAGAUAGUGAUAUUGCUGUGAUUGCAAAGAUAGAAAGUGUAGACUCCUUGAGGAACUUGGAGGAGAUCAUUUUGGCUUCAGAUGGGGCUAUGGUUGCGAGAGGAGAUCUGGGUGCUCAGAUCCCCUUAGAGCAGGUCCCUUCAGAGCAGCAAAAGAUUGUUCAGCUGUGCAGGCAGCUAAAUAAGCCUGUUAUUGUGGCUUCUCAGCUGCUUGAGUCCAUGAUUGAGUACCCGACACCAACUAGAGCUGAAGUGGCUGACAUUUCGGAAGCAGUUAGGCAACGAUCUGAUGCCCUCAUGCUUUCUGGUGAGUCAGCCAUGGGUCAGUACCCUGAGAAGGCACUCACUGUUCUCAGAAGUGUUAGUCUAAGAAUUGAGAAGUGGUGGAGAGAAGCAAAACACCAUGAAGCUAUGGAACUCCCAGACAUAGCUUCUUCAUUUUCCGACAGCAUUUCCGAAGAGAUCUGCAACUCUGCUGCAAAGAUGGCUAACAACUUGGAGGUUGAUGCGCUCUUUGUUUACACAAAGGAUGGACAUAUGGCGUCACUCCUGUCACGUUGUCGUCCAGACUGCCCCAUUUUUGCUUUCACAACGACAACAUCGGUGCGCAGACGCUUGAAUCUACAGUGGGGUCUAAUUCCUUUCCGCUUGAGCUUCUCAGAUGAUAUGGAAAGUACCCUCAACAAAACAUUUGCCUUGCUCAAAGCCAGGGGAAUGAUUAAAUCAGGCGAUCUGGUGAUCGCUGUUUCCGACAUGUUGCAGUCCAUACAAGUCAUGAAUGUGCCUUAAACGUACCUUUGUUGCAAGAGGAAUAUCAUCAGGUUUACUUCUCUUACUGACUGAAGUGCAAUCAUAAGUUGCCAGUGAUCCAGUCACUUGUUUUGAGCUGGAACAAGAAUUACAGAAGGUUUGUAGUUUUCCAUAAACUUUGCUCGUAACAACAGCUGUUGGAUCUUUGAGCGUUGUGAUUGUAUUUGAGAGGAACAGGUAAGCCGAAGAAUGUAACCCCAUAAACUCUGUGUAUUUUUGAUUAGUUUGAGGUAAGAGCUUAGUUCAGAUGUGUUUUUUUUUUUCCUUGUAGAAUUUUGAAGCAUACAUCAAUGUAAGAAACUUGGCAGGUUUCAUGCAACUGCAGAUCUUUGCUCUCAUCAUACCCUUCCUUUUUUCUCAUGUUUCUGAAUUCCAAACUACUGGG